AUGGAGCCCAUCGUCGAUGCCGAACAGGCGAGGAAGUUGUCGCUUUUCCGACCUCUUGGUUACCAGCGCAACUCCUGUGGUUACUGCAAAUCUGAUAAUGGAAGUGCCUCCUACUACGCUAGUUCGGUUUCUGUACGCCCGGCGCAUUAUGAAGCUCUAGUCAACAGGGGCUGGCGAAGGUCGGGGACACUGUACUACAAGCAGAACCUGCAACGAUCAUGCUGUCCUCAUUAUACGAUGAGGCUCGAUGCCUCCGCCUUCACGCCUAGGAAAGACCAACGGAAGGCUAUCAAUCGUUGGAACAAAUUCGUUCUAGGCCCGGAGUAUAUCCGUAGAGCGGCAUACCUCUGCCCCAAGACACGGGAGGAGAAGAAGCGUCGCAAGUGCAACUUUGACCUUCUCGGUGCAGUUCACGAGGCCGAAUACAGCAAUGUGAAGCGGCCCAUUGACCCCAAAACCAAGAGACCUUUGGAACCUGCUCAUCGAUUCGAGGUCAAUCUGGAAGGCGACUCUAUCUCUCAAGCCAAAUACGAACUUUUUCUCAAGUACCAGACCAAAGUCCACAAAGAGGAUGCUUCCAAAUGGGCAAACAAAGAUUUCAAGCGCUUCCUUUGCUCGGGAAUGACUCGAUCUCCAGCAAAUGCUGCCAAAUCGGAUGAAAAGAAGCUGGGCUCAUGGCAUCAAUGCUACCGACUGGAUGGCAAGCUCAUCGCGGUGGCAGUCUUGGAUCUGAUGCCAAAUGGUGUGAGCUCGGUCUAUAUCUUCUAUGACCCGGAAUACGAGCAAUGGGAGUUUGGGAAACUCAGCGCAAUGCGGGAAAUCGCUUUUGCGAUUGAAGCGCAAUACCAGUACUAUUACAUGGGCUACUACAUCCACUCCUGCCAGAAGAUGCGCUACAAGGGAACGUUCCGACCGCAGUACAUCCUAGACCCCGAAAGCCAUACAUGGGACCCUCUUGAUGGAGAACUAUCCAAGAAGCUCGACGAACGGCCCUACGUAUCGCUCUCACGGGACCGACAAACCACAACCACAACCGGAGACAACAACACAGCAACACAAGAAGAAGCAGACGCCGAGAUCAACGACGAAGAAGUCUCCCUCUUCGACCUCAACAUGCCCGGUAACAUGACUCUCGACGAGAUCAAAGCGCUGGAUCUGGAUCACUGGCUUCUGCUGGUCCAUGGCACUUUCGUGCAUAUGAUUGACCUCGUCGGAUGGGAGAAAAUGCCCAUUGAUAACCCGCAGUCAGUCAAAGGUAUCAUUGCCGAGUUGGCGGCCGUGCUGGGCCCGGAGGUCGUUAAGAACAGUGCUGUGGUGCUUUUUGACUGA